AUGACCAUGAUCACGUUGUCCACCUUUCUGGCUACGACGGUGGUGAAUUUGUUUUAUCGGGGCGCCGACGGUCAUCCACCUCCAUUGUGGGCUCGUCACCUUAUUAUUGAUUGGUUGGGGAGGAUCGCUUGCUUACGCGGGAAUAUUCCGCUGCCAACCCGUUGUCCGAGACCAGCAUUGGAAUCGGCACUGUCCCCUUCUGUAAAUGAUGCUGACGGGAAGGCGAUGCCUUACGAUGUUGUAUGUAAUGAGGCAAUGUUGCACCAGCAAAUGAACGCUACUCCAUCGUGGCAGAAUGGCCUAUUUCCAACUGCUAAUGGAUUUGCCAGUAUGCAAAUGACAACUGAAAACCCAAACAUCGGAAUGAACCAGGAAGCGAAACAAAUCAGAUGUGAUGUGUGCAUGCUUGAUCAGCUCAAAACAUUCAGUGAUAUCAAGGAAUACGCGGCCAUGGAAUGGCGAACAUUGUCCCUCGUUGUCGAUCGAAUGUUCUUCAUCCUGUACGUAAUCACCAUGGUGAUCACUCUAGCAGCAGUGGUGUGGAACACGGAGGUGACCGAUAUGGGCCAGCUCUUCACGAGAAGUAACGCAAUAGCCCACUCGAAACAACAUGCUUGA